AUGGUUUGUGAUGCAUGUCAAAAGAAAGUUGGUCGUAUCGCCACUCAAGAUGUUUGGAAAAGUGGUUCACGCAAUACCAAAGUGGCGGCAAAUCUUCUCGGUACAGCCCAUAUACGACAAAGUUUAACAAGUGUAAACUCUGCAAAUCAACAAUUCAUCAGCCCGGAAGUGCUUAUUGCCAAGGUUGUGCGUACAAAUUAG